AUGCCCACCUACGCCGACGAAUGGAAUGAGAAACAACGGGCGCUGGGUCAGUCUGGCCCUUCGAAUCCUGUCCGUCUCACCAUAUCCAAAGGAGACUACAUCUGGGAUCCACAGGGCGCAAGAUUCCGCUACGAAGAGCAGUGGGAGGAGGAACACCUCAUGGAGGAUGAAGAACUGCUCGACCACACACUAUCAGCUGCUGCUCCUUCAUACAGCAGCGAUGUGCACACUCGCGAAACGUCACCUCCUUCCCUGACCGCACUUCAACCGACCACGCUGAACGGAUACUCGCGCGGCUUGGAGCAUCACCCUUCGCUGUGGGUGCUCGACACAAACACGCUCAUGUCAUGCCUCGAGCUGCUCAAAGCACUUUUCGCAUCGCUCUUGACGCACAAUGUAGCGUACGCAGCCAGUGUAAGGCAACAGCAGCCUGUGCAGCCAUCAGCAUCGCCAAUGCUGCCGUCUUCGAUUAAGCUCGUCCUCCCUCAUCUUGUCGUUUCCGAGCUGGACGGGCUCAAAGUGACACGCCGAAAGGACGACUCGGGCCGCCCUGUCGCAUCGCAAGCUCGAGCAGCCAAUCACUGGCUGCUGUCGGCACUCCAGAAACAGAAACGUGUCACCAUCGACCAAGCAGAUACCCCCCUCUCGCAGGACCUCUGGCCACUUUUCGUCCAGCCAUCGAACCACUACUAUCACUCUAAGCGUUCCAACCGCGGUGGCUCAGGCUGGACGUUUGACGAGCCUGACGACGAGAUUGUGCGCUUUUGCGUCGAUCUCAAGCAGCAUACUGCCUCCCACGUCAGGUUUUGUUCCGACGACACCAAUGCUCGGACCAAGGCAGAGCGCGACGGCAUUGACUCGUUGGGCAUGCGCGAGCUGGCCAAUGCACUCAAGCUCGGCUUCAAAGAUGUAGACAGCUCCGAACAAAAGUGGAUGAAUGUAGCGGAUGCACUGAUCGAGCAGUGGGAGUAUCAAGUUGGUACCGCUGAGCCGGCCACGCAGCAUGACCACCCAUAUCAACUACAGCAGCAUGGCGGCUUCAGUGGACAGUCUCAGCACUCCGUACCCCAAGCCGCUCAGGCGGUAUUCUACGCUCCGUUUGUCCAAGGACCUCUCUACCAAGACUCGCCAACUGAUUACGGUCCUGCAGCUGCAAGUAGCGCAAUCUUGGAAGUCGAUAUGGAUGCGGAAGAGAAACUACCGCCAAGAAUUGCAAUCAAUGCCACCGCGCCAGAGCCACUGAACCCCAUUGUUGCAAUGCAGCGAACUUCUCCAUCGUGCGAGGGCCGCACUACCACCGACAGCAUACACAGUCCUCAGAACCGCCAAGCAGCCAGAACGAGAUCUACUCGACCUUCUUCGUCCGCGUCCCGUCCGCUUCCUACGUCAUCUCACGGCCCUGCCACUGCGCCCACUGCGAACGAGCAGCCCGAAAAUAUCCAAGCGCUGAAUCCACAGGUCGACUGGCAGGACCUCGUACAGGAGUAUGGAUCCACUUCACGUACCAGCAACAAGCCACGAAAUGGCAGAUGGUAG